AUGCUACAAAUCAAUAUAGACAUACAAACUGUUUAUUUUUUUAUUGAUUCUGACAAUGAUUAUUGCAACAUGUAACUUAGUAAUUGUAAUUAUAUUCCAAAUUUAUAAUAGCUAUUACAACUAUCUUUUUACAUAAUUAAUUAAGAUGUAAAUGUUAUGAACAACAAGACGUUUAUGAAAAAGUAGAAAUCAUCGUCCCUUAUGAUUAAAGAAACAAAAACAAAGUAUAUUUUACUUAAUAACUAAAGCUUAAACUUAUUUUUUAUGAAAAUAACUUAAAAUUUGGAGAAGCAAUCUUUAAUAUUGAUUUCUAUAUUGAACAUAAUUUAUCACAAAUUUCUGAUAGACUAUCAAUUUUAUGCGAUCAAAAUGAAGAAGCAUAAUUAACUUUUAUUUUUGCAUGGUAACUAAUUGAAAUUAAACAUGAACCAGAUUUAUAAAUUUUAGAUAAUUGUUAGACUUCUAACAGUCCUUAAAGUAAAGAAAUCUCAUAAAGAAAUGCUUGUUAAAGUCCAAAGAAAUAAGAAAAAUCUAAAAAGAGUAGUGAUGAUAAUAGAAUUACUCAUUAAUCAUAUAUUAAAUGGAAAGAUCAUAAAGAAUAAUUAAAAUUUUAAUAAGAAAAUAGAUAGAAGGAAUCAAAACCAUAAUCUAAAAUAGUAUUUUCUGAUGAUUAUGUUUGGACAAAUUAAUUAAGAAAACCUGAUUAAUAUGUUAGAAUUGGAUCACCUCUUAAAAGAUUUGUUACUCCUCCUAAACAAUUCAAAAAAAUAUAUUGUCCUAUUAAUGAAAAACCUAGAUAAACUGAUCUAGAUUUAAAAGAUAUAAAUGAUAAAAUGAUUGUUGUAUAGAAAUAAAUAUAAUCUAUGAAUCAACAAAAUAAAAAAUAAGAGGAUGAUAAAAUUAAGUUUAAAUCUAAAAUAGGAUCAAAGUAAAAGUAUUUUUAAUAAGAAGAAAUUAAAACUGAAUCUGAUGAAAUUGUUAAAUCAUUUUCUGAUAGAGGAUGGAUGUAAAAAAUUACUAGUUCAAAUAAUGAAAAUUAAGAUUUGUUUUAAUUAUAUACUUUUAAUUAGCAAUCAGACUAAUAAUAGCAACAUACAAAUUUUUAACCUUAUGAAGAAAUUUAGAUAUUGAAAUAGGGAUUACAAUAAAUUGAACAUAAGUCAAAAAGUCCUCCUAAAACUAAAAUUCAUCAACAAUAACCCCAUCUAUCACCAAAAAAUAAAAGAUAAAAUUAAGAUGACUAUUAUAAAAAUAUGAAAAAAAAUUAAAAUAGUCAUUUCAUUGGGGAAACAUAUGAAUAAUUUUUGAAAGAUUAUUUAGAUUUAUAAGAUAAAUUAUAAGGCUCUUAAAUUGAAUUCUAAUUAUUAUCACAAACUUAUUAAUAACUAAAAGAAGAGUACACUUAAGUAGUGUACCAAAAUUAAAAAUAUUAUUAGGAGAUCCAAAUUCUUUAGUAAUAAUUUUAAUAGAAGUUUCAUUCUAUUGA